AGCCUGGCCUUGGAUGUCCAACCCUUUUUCCUUGCAAGGGAGAGAAAGGCAGUAAGAGACGCUGCACUCAAAGGGCUACUUCAAGCCACCAAGGAAGGAUGUGGGCUUAUACUGUUGGUUUCACUGUCCUGCCUCAUGUUGGAGGUUUCCUUGGCUGGUUCAUUAAUCGAAAAGAAAUUCCUGUUUGGUAUGAGAAGCUGAAAAAACCUUCAUGGUGUCCACCCCGCAAAAUAUUCCCUGUCGCUUGGACUGUCCUGUACACCGGCAUGGGCUAUGCCUCCUACCUGAUAUGGAAUGACCUGGGUGGCUGCAGCAGCAAAGCUCUCAUCCCGCUCGGCCUCUACGGGGCUCAGCUGGCCUUGAACUGGGCUUGGCCUCCCUUCUUCUUUGGUGCACGUAACCUGAAGAUGGCCCUGGUUGACAUCCUGUGCUUGGACGGCCUGGCGAUAGGCACGCUGUGCUCCUGGUACCGCAUCAACAAGAUAGCGGCGCUGCUGCUGGUGCCCUACCUGGGCUGGCUGGCCAUGGCGACCUGCCUCACCAUCCGCAUCUGGAAGGACAACCCCGAGCAGAAACCAGGGAAGAGUGAAUAAGAUCAGGAUAAAUGAAGGCAUUUUGUGAAACUAAAGUAUGCUGAUGUGAACCAAGAUCUAAUAAUUUGAGGGGGGUUCAUUUUUGGGACAGGCAUCAGAACCUGCCGCCUCCUCCC